AUGGCGUGCGAUUUAGAAAAAAUUGAAGAGAAGGAGCGGGAGCAGCCCAACGUGGUCAUUCAGUUGAAUGCGCUGGGACUUGACGAGCUGAUAUCCCUCACGUUGAAAUUGGAGGAGGAAUGGAAGCAGAUUAAAAAGAACUACGCCAUCCUGGAAGGCGCAGUGGUGACGUACGACAAAUGCAAAAACUCCGUCGAGCAACUGAACCCCUCCAAGUUUGAAGCGAAAAACUUCAACGCCUUUAUGAAUGAGUUGGAGCGCUCCGAGCUAAUCAAGCUGUGCAACAAGGAACAGUCGGCUGGCAGGAGACUGCUCACCGAAGGGGAAGAGCCCAGGGCAAAGGACAGCCUGCAGCAGCUGGACACGCUGAUCGACCAGAUUGACAUUAGCAAGAAGGAUGCCGAGGCGGAGAAGAAGGCGCUGGACGUGCACAUCCCCCUGACGUCGCUGGUGUACAUCCCGGGCAAAAUCGUGGACACGGAGAACUUCCUCAUCCGCAUGGGGACCAACUACUACGUGCAGAGGAACGCCCAGCAGACCAUCGAGUACUUCAACACCAAAAUAGGAAAGCUCAACGAACAGAUAAAGAAGCUCAAAAUUACUAUUAUAGAGAAGAAGAACGAAAUUGACCUUUGCAAAAAUUACAUUCAGCUGAAGAGGCAGAUGCAGAUGACUGGCGGGGGGGCUGCCCCUGUGGGUGCGAGCGCGAACGGACAGCAGGCCACUCCGCGCGCCGCCAAUUAG